AUGAUUGAUAUUAAAAAUUUGAAAUAAUGUUAAUAUAAUCAUUAUUAGAUGGGUUUACAUGAAUAUGAUGAAGAUUUAUUAAUCUGUUAGAGAUAUUAAGUAAAUAUAAAGUCAUAAUAAUCAUAUAUUUUAGAUCUUUAUUCUACAAAUUACAUAAUUGAAAGUACAGUUAAAUUAUGAUAUAUCAUAGAUUAAUAGAUUAAAUUUAAAAGAUACUUUUGUUUAAAAUAUUUAAAAUAUGAAUUUGAUUAAUAUGAUAUUAAUGAAUUUCUGUUGAUUUUUCCAUUGUGUAUAUAAUAUUUAAUGUACUUGUAUUAGAUGUUCCAAAAAUGAAACUAUUUAUAAAUUAAAGAGAUAAUAUUUAGAAUUAGAUGGAGAUUUUGAAGAUAUAAGUUAAUCAUCAUAUUUUGAAAUGCUUGUAAGGAAAAAGAAAAUUAAUUAAAACAUUACUAUUGAAUUUAGUAAUUUAUUUAAAAAUUAAUAUGAAAAUAAUGAAGAAAUUGUAAUACAAAAGAGUUAACUUAAUGACAAAAAAUAAAUUACCAAAAGAAUUUUUAAAAAGAAAAUCAAAAAAAAUGAUACAGUAUUAAUAUCAAAAUAACAUAAACCUUACAUAUAUUGAAAGUUCAUCAUCAUCAGUAAAAAUUAAGAAAUCAAAUAAAAUCAAAAAGAGUACUUUAUUUUUUAAUAAUAAUCAUAAUGAUCCUUUUAAUUAAUAAAUCUUUAUUUAAUGA